AUGCACCUAGAAUGGCCAAAAGACGCGACACAACUACCCAUAAAAACAGCAACGUACAUUAAAUCAGGCCUAAUCGACUAUUCUGCGCAAGCAAGGACUGUAAAGUGGGCUUACGAAGGUCGAAAUGGAUUUGAGAAUUGGCCGAAUAUAAAGGCGAAAGGUUUCCAGUGUGGCGGUCGCCGGCAAAGUCCCAUUGAUAUUUCCCGAACAAACUCCAAAUAUCGUCUUUUACCGAAACUCCGAUUCUGUGGCUUCGACGUGGAGCUCGAAAAUAUUACCGCUUCAAUUGUCCAUGGGUCAGCAAGUAUUACAGAUUUACAGAAUAGCAAACGCUACAUUAGCGGAGGCCCUCUCACAGGUCGCUAUAACGUGUUCGGGUUGCAUUUCCAUUGGGGUCGACGGCUGAGUUCUGGGUCUGAGCACACGUUCGAUGGACGGCGAUACCCAAUCGAGCUUCAUAUAGUGCAUGUAAAAGAUGAUUAUGCGACGUUUGAGGAGGCACGCAACCACCCCGACGGAAUCUGCGUUUUAGCCGUCAUGUUCGUAAUCGGAAAACCGUUUUCGUCUACCGAGAGAGACUUGCGUGCGCCGACCCGGCUUCAAAACGAAGCUGAGAAACAUAUAAUGGAGUAUUUUACGACAGUUUCUGGCUUACAAAAGCUUCAAAUAUGGAAAUCUGGUUUUCGCCUUUCGGGUCUAUUGCCGCUAUACCCUCAACAAUUUUACACUUAUCGCGGCUCACUAACAACCCCUCCAUGUAGUGAAGCAGUCAUUUGGAUACUGUUCCAUCAUAAGAUUCCCAUUUCGAGACAACUGCUUCGUCGUUUUCAUGAACUCGAAGACAGUGAUGGGCAUCAUACGUUUCGCAAUUGGCGGUCGACCCAGCCCAUCAACCAGCGUACCGUUUACCGUACCGUUAGAUUUUGGGAAGCUUACUAAGACAGCCCACAAUGAGAGGAUGAUACGAAACACAGUGGCCCAGAUAUCGAUGCUCAAAUCAAGGCCAUUUCAGCGUAAGCACUCCUACUUCAUAAUAUACGUUACGCUGCUGUAAUUAAUUUAUUAUCUAAACUUUGUCAAUAAACUUUAGCAUCUUUUUAAGCCUAUUGAUGCAAACAUUUGUU